CUACUUGCUCACUGGGUCACAAUCCAUAAGCAAUAUUGCGUGAAUUACGGGACACGAGCUGGCGCCUGCUCUUUCAAGUUUAUUUACCUUAUCAAAGGUUGAUUUAUUUUUGCAUAUUUUAUUGUUGUGACCUGAAUUUCUGUCAGUGCAUUGAAGUAUUUCUCCUCGACGUGAAAUCACUAUGAGUGCAAACGAACGGAUUCUGGAAUGGCUUUUGUGUAUUUUGCUCGUUUUUGUGUUUUCGCUUCACUCAGCAGCUGGGAAUAUUAGAUACUCGAUUCCUGAAGAAAUGGCCGUUGGAUCAUUUGUGGGAAAUAUUGGCAAAGACCUGGGUUUGCAGCCUGAGAGGUUGGUUACCGGGCGAGCUCGGCUCUUUUCUCCGGGAGGCAGCGAAUACGUAGCGCUAGACAGAGAGGAAGAACAACUGGUCGUGCGGGAGAGAAUAGACAGGGAACAGCUAUGCGGGGAAGCGCCUGUAUGCAGCUUCAGUUUCGAAAUUAUUCUGGAAAGUCCGAUUGAGCUUUAUCGUGUUACGGUAGAAAUAUUAGAUAUCAACGAUAAUAGUCCAGUAUUUCCAAGGAGUGAAUUAAAAAUGGAAAUAAGCGAAUCGGCGGUACCGGGAGCGCGCUUUUCUCUUGAAAGUGCCCGCGACCUAGACGUUGGCGUAAACAGUCUUCAGGGCUAUUCUCUCCAUCCGACAGACCAUUUUGCUCUAAAGGUGCACAGUAGACCGGGUGGCAGCAAAAGCGUAGAGAUGAUUCUCCAAACACCGUUAGAUCGAGAGAAACAGGAACAGCUUAAUUUGAUGUUAACAGCUGUCGAUGGGGGGAAUCCUAAGCGUACAGGAACUGUUAAAAUAAACAUUGCGGUUCUGGAUGCAAAUGAUAAUGCUCCAGUAUUUAAACAAUCCGUUUAUAGGGCAUCAGUCCCCGAGAAUGCAGUUAAAGGUACAUUAGUGAUCACAGUGAGUGCCACGGAUGCGGAUAACGAAUCUAAUGGACACAUACAGUACUACUUUGAACAUGCUACACGCAACAUUAACGAACUCUUCAUUAUAAAUCCCUCAACCGGCGACAUAAUCGUAACUGGAGAGUUAGAUUUCGAAAAAUCAAAGUUACAUGAGAUUAAGGUGCAGGCUAAAGAUCAAGGCGGGUUGACGGAUUCUAGUGAUGUCCUAAUUGAAGUGCUUGAUGUGAACGACAACGCUCCGAAAAUGACAGUGAUGUCGUUUUCAAGCACACUGCCAGAAGACUCCGUGCCAGGUACCGUUAUAGCUAUGAUUAAUGUGCAAGAUCUGGAUUCUGGAGACAACGGAAGAGUGAAAUGUUCAAUUGAUACGGCUCUUCCAUUCAAAAUUGAAACAUCUUUAACAAACUAUUACAGUGUACUGACUGAUUCGGUCUUAGACAGAGAGCAGACAUCCGAAUAUAACAUCACAGUCAUUGCUGUUGACGGAGGAAGUCCCUCUCUUUCGAGUAAUCAAACUCUCCACUUAAAGAUUUCAGAUGUUAACGACCAUGCACCGCAAUUUGAGCAAGAAACAUACAAUGCUUACCUGAUGGAAAAUAACCCUCCGUCAUUUUCUGUUUUUUCCGUGAAAGCAAACGACGCGGACUGGGGUGCUAAUGCUCGGGUAUCGUAUUACAUCGAAGAGAGCGAUCUGAAUGGGUUACCUUUGAGCUCCUAUAUAUCAAUAAACGCAGACAGCGGGGUUAUUUACGCUGUAACGCCAUUUGAUUAUGAACAAAUAAAACUAAUUAAACUACGCGUUAAAGCGCAAGAUGCAGGUAGCCCACCUUUGAGCAGUAAUGCAACUGUUAGCAUAAUCAUUCAAGACCAGAACGACAACGCGCCUCAGGUUCUCUACCCAGUACAGACUGCUGGAUCUCUGGUGGCAGAAAUGGUGCCACGUUCAGCAGAAGUCGGCUAUCUGGUUACUAAAGUUGUGGCUGUUGAUGUGGACUCCGGACAGAAUGCCUGGCUCUCAUACAAACUGCUAAAACCAGCUGACAGACCACUGUUUGCAGUGGGCUUACAGAAUGGAGAAAUCAGAACUAUACGCCAGGUCAGUGAUAAAGAUGCUGUGAAGCAAAAACUAACUCUUAUAGUGGAGGACAACGGACAGCCGCCUCGUUCAGCAUCAGUCAACGUUAACGUGGCGGUGGCGGACAGCUUCCCUGAAAUACUCUCGGAAUUCACUGAUUUUACGCACGACAGGGAUUAUAAUGACGACUUGACUUUUUAUUUAAUUUUAUCUUUGGCUGUAGUUUCCUUCCUUUUUAUUGUAUCCAUCAUAACCAUAUUGUCAGUGAAAUGCUACAGAUGGAGACAUGAGCGGAUGUUUUAUAAAUCCGGGGGGAAUCUCCCAAUUAUCCCUUACUACCCACCGCUUUACGUCCUGGAGUAA